CUGCCUCUGCUGUGUGGAGUGGGCGGCUCUGGGUGGAGUGUCAGUGGAUCUUGAGGGAGGGUUAGUGCUUCCCAUGUUUGGUGUUUAGAUGCUGGUGAGUGUCUGUCACUGCAGUCAUUCUACAAGGGCAGCACCUGGUAAGACACAGAGGCUUCUAUCACAUGGCGGACUGUCUGCUGUCUCAGGGGGUCCAUGUCUUGGGGGUGCUGGCUCUGUCCUACCUGGUUCUCAAACAGUCAUGGAGGCUGCUGAAGGGAUUCGGAACCCAUAUUCUCUCCCGGUGGUGGAGGACUGACCUUAGGAAGUAUGGAGCCUGGGCAGUGGUAACAGGGGCAUCAGAUGGAAUAGGAAAAGCCUACGCAGAGGAGUUGGCCAGGAGGGGACUCAAUGUCGUCCUCAUCAGUCGGACUCUGAAGAAGCUGCAGAGCGUUGCGGAAGGUAUAGAGCUCCAGACAGGACGCAAAACCAAGAUAAUCCAGGUGGAUUUCACAGGAGGACCUGAAAUCUACCCCAAAAUUGAAGAAGGUUUAAAGGACAUGGACAUUGGAAUCCUUGUAAAUAAUGUUGGAAUAUUAUAUAGUGAAUUGGAAUGUAAGAUUCUCGAUGUGCCCGAUGUAGACCAGAGCUUAAACAACACUAUUAACUGCAACAUCCUGUCAGUAGUGCACAUGACCAGACUUGUGCUGCCGCAGAUGGUGUCACGGAAGAAAGGCCUGAUUAUAAACAUGUCAUCUGUAACUGGAUGUCACCCUUUCUCAUUAAUCACGGUAUACAGUGCCACAAAGGCCUUUGUGGACUUCUUUUCCCGUGGUGUCCAUGCUGAAUAUAAAUCGGAUGGGAUUACAGUACAGUCCGUGCUGCCGUUCUUGGUCUCCACCCCUAUGAACCUUUCCAUAGAGGAUACUAUUACUGUAAAAAAAGCAGAGGAUUUCGCCAGGGAAGCCCUGAACACCGUGGGGUACACCACUCGGACCGCCGGCUGCCUCUCUCACUCUAUACAGAGUUAUGCCCUGGAACACUUCAUCCCGUGCACCGUCGACAUCUUCCCCCUGCUAAUAAACUUUGGUAUAAAAUUCAGCAAGUUGACAGGGAAAUCCAAAAAGCAGUAACACGGAGCUGCGGGAAGAUGAGCCAACAAUGCCGUCUGUUGCUCUACCGGUGACCGCCGCUUGCUGACUCCGGAGUAACUGACAAUAUUAAGAAGAGUGUGAUUUCCUGCAAAAUCAAUAUGUAAUGUGAUAGUUCAUCUGAGACUAGUGCUGCAGCACAAGGGAGUUAACCCCCUCUGCCAGGUAAAGGGCGGGGGGGGGGACACCUGGGCCUCUACUGAGCCCCUCCAUUAGACCUGGGUAUUUAGUACCCUCUCCCCCCUCUCGGUGCCACUGACGUUAUCUAUUAAAGCCGAUGCUCAAGGGCAUAGUGGCGCGUCUAAGUCAGGGCAUCUAAACUAAAAACCCAGUAUACAGUAAAAAAAUAAAAAAAAAAGACACCUUUUAUAAAGGGAAGGUUUGGUGCAUAAAAACAUAAAAUUACCAACAUGUCAUCCACCACACGCAGUGGCAAGGAAAGGCUCAGGCCUUGGCCUUUUUUGAGUGGUGGUUCUGCCCCUGUCAGUGAGGCAUCUUCUUCUGCCUCUCAUGAUGAUGCAACCUUUUCAUUCAAUGUCUAGAAGAGGUGCAAAAAAACUGAAAACCACUAAGGCAGUAGAACAAACUGUGCAUUCAGAAACAGAAAUGUCACAAAUCCCUGAAGAGAAUCUAUGUGUGUCCAAGAGUGCUAUGUGUGAGCCUGAUUUUUCUGAUACUGUACUCACAGAGAAGCUGCCUUCCACCAUUUCUGCUCCCUCUGCAAAUGAGGGGAUGAGCAGCAGAAGUAUACUGUAGUUGAUGCCAUAGAAAUUGAGGAUGCCACUGUGGAAUUGCAAGAGUAUGAGGAGGAUAUUUGUGUAGCUGAUGCUGGUGCUAAUGAGGAUAUUGAGGAUGUUUGUGUAAGUUAGGCACCAGUGGAAGCAGCUAUUGGCCAUGAUAAGAAGAUGCCCAUUGUCAUGCCUGGGCAUAGGACCAACAAAUCCACCUCUUUUGUGUGGAAUUAUUUUUACCCAAAUCCUGCCAACAUUUAUCAUCUGUAGCCUUUGUGGAACCACAGUAAAUAGAGGUAGGGAUGUUAAGCAUCUAGGAACCUCUACCCUGUUAUGUCAUUUUCAGGGAGCUCAUGACAAGUUAUUGAUAACAUCAAAAGCUGGUGCUAAAAAUAUAACAACAAGCAGUCCAGCAUCAGCUAGCUCCCUUCUCUAUACUAGAUCCCAGAACCUGCAAUCUCCACCACCAACACCUUCAUACUCAGUAUCCUCAGUAAUGAUUGGAGGUAGUCCUGCAUAAAAUUUGAUAGGAUUAGGUGACUCCUACCCAUUCCAGGAUUCCUCAGAAGAAUCUUUGAGCGCUAUGCCUGCUGCUGCUGCUGGGAGUGGAUCUUCAUCCCAGAAGGGGACCAAGCAGACUACUAGUAGUAUUAUAAAAAAUCAAUUGACUGUGAAACAGUCCUUGGCAAGGGGAAGAAAGUAUGACAGCUCUCACCCAGUCGCACAGCGGAUCACAUAUGUCAUCACGGCUAUGCUAGUAUUAGAUGUGCAUCCAAUAUUCGCCAUUAAUGCAGUGGGUUUUAUACAGUUAAUUGAGGUCCUGUGUCCCUGGUACCAAAUUCCAUCUCUGUUCCAUUUUAGCCAAAUAGCCAUUCCUUGGCUAUACCAGGAUGUUAAAAAAACUUCAUUAUUGGCCUUCAAAAUGCCAUUGUACCAACUGUCUACUUAACCACAGAUACAGUAUGUGCACAAGCGGUAGUGGGCAAACUAAAGAUUACAUGACUGUGACAGCCCACUGGGUGAGAUAAUUGCCUUCAGCAUCAGAAGCAGUAUCAAACAAUGCCAGCUCAUUCAGAGGCAGACUACUCUGUGUGACUACUCAUAUUUCAAGAGACUUUCUCACAUAUAAGACUGUCUACCACUCUUAUAGAAAUGCCCUGGACACUGCCAAACAAACAUAUUUCCAACCUCUCAUCUCUGCUCAAGCCUCUAACCCCAAACAACUCUUUAAUACAUUUAAAUCACUUCUGAAUCCUCCCGCACCUGCCCCACCCGCCACUAUCAAGGCACAGGAUCUUGCUUCAUACUUCAAGGAGAAGAUUGAUAAGAUCCGAGAUGAAAUGGUAUGCUCUUCGGCAGCCAGUGACCUGCUCCGUUCUUUACCUGAACCCUCUGGCACUCUCUCUUCAUCUGAUCCCACAAAUGAAGAUGAAGUAUUAUCACUCUUCUCAUCCUGCUUCUCUACUACCUCUCCUCUUGAUCCUUUACCCUCACAAAUAAGUAAAGCUCUGUCUCUGGUGCUCAUCCCUACCUUAACUAACAUCUGUAAUCUCUCUCUCUACUUGUAUCUUUCCUUCACUCUUCAAGCAUGCAGUGAUUACUCCCAUUUAAAAAAAAAAAAAAUUCUGACCCUAAUGCUCUCUCAAACUACCGCCCUAUCUCUCAGCUCCCUUGUCUCUCUAAGCUACUUGAGAGACUUGCCUACACUCGACUCACACACUUUAUUGGACCCUCUUCAGUCAGGCUUCUGUUCCCAACAUUCCACAGAGACAGCACUGACUAAAGUGGUUAAUGAUUUGGUCACUACGAAGUCUAAAGGACAUUACUCACUACUUAUUCUUCUACAUUUAUCUGCUGCAUUUGACACUGUUGACCACUCUCUUCUUAUACAAACACUACAAUCUCUAGGUCUUAAAGACACAGCCCUUUCUUGGUUCCUAUCGUACCUUUCUAAUUGCUCCUUCAGUGUUCGCUUCUCUGAAUCUACCUCCUGUUCGCUACCUCUUUCAGUUGGAGUACCGCAAGGCUCAGUCUUGGGUCCUCUGCUUUUCUCUAUCUAUACCUCAUCUCUUGGUAAACUAAUCAGCUCUUUUGGUUUUCAGUAUCAUCUGUACGCAGAUGAUACUCAAAUCUACCUAUCCUCCCCUGACUUGUCCCUAUCUGUACUGGGCCAUGUCACUGACUGCUUUUCUGCCGCUUCAUCUUGGAUGACAUCUCGCCACCUCAAACUUAAUGUUUCAAAGACAGAGUUAAUUAUAUUUCCACCGGCCAAUAGUAGGUACCAACCUGAUAUCUCUAUCACUGUUGAAAACUCGACUAUCUACCCUACCCCACAAGCUCGCUGCCUAGGUGUCAUCCUUGACUCUGAUCUGUCCUUUGUUCCCCACAUUCAAUCUGUCUCAAAAUCAUGUUACAUGCAUCUAAAAAACAUAUUCAAAAUACGACCAUACCUUACACAAGACACUGGUAAAACUGUAAUCCACGCUCUCAUUAUCUCCCGCAUUGAUUAUUGUAAUAGUCUCCUAACUGGUCUUCCCAAAACGAGACUCUCACCACUACAAUCCAUUCUGAAUGCAGCGGUGAGGCUAAUCUUCCUUGCUAGACGUUCAUCGUCUGCAGAUCCACUCUGUCAGUGCCUCCAUUGGUUACCUGUAUUCUACCAUAUUCAAUAUAAAAUACUUUUACUCACACACAAGGCCACUAACCAAACUACACCAACGUACAUCACUUCGCUUAUCUCAAAAUAUCUCCCAACCCGACCUCUUCGCUCUUCACAAGACCUGCGUCUCUCAUCCACACUCAUUACUCGCUCCCACUCACGAUUGCAGGACUUUCAUCGGGCUGCACCCACUCUGUGGAAUGCCCUACCACGUACAAUAAGACUCUCCUCUAGUCUCCAAACCUUCAAGCGAUCCCUGAAAACUCACCUCUUCAGGCAAGCAUAUCAAAUUCCAGAACCGCCCACAUAAAUUUCAUAAACCUUCCUAUCAAAGUGCAUCUGCUCUGCACAGUCCACACAUAUCCUCACAUGUCUUCUCAUUCUUCACUUUCCCUUCCUCUCGACCCCGAUUCAUCAUUGCUGUGUGACCAUAUCAUACAGCCCACCAAGAACCUUUUCAAUCUGACGGACAACUAUGCAAUAGAUAGCACCUUUCCUUGUGUAUACAUGCAUAUUUCCCUAUAGAUUGUAAGCUUGCGAGCAGGGCCUUCCUACCUCUAUUACUGUUUGUUAUUACCCAGUUUUGUUAUAUCAUUGUUAUUUCCAAUUGUAAAGUGCAACAGAAUUUGCUGCGCUAUAUAAGAAACUGUUAAUAAAAAUAAUAAUAAUAAAUAAGUAUGUCACCAGA